AUGUCCGAGAAGUUGUCCAUGGCAGCCUCUAAGAGCAAGACCAGCGACGAUCCCGGAAAUGUCCCCAGCUCUCCGGUCAAUCCUUUCCGCGUCCCUGAAGACAUGGAUUUCUUCUUGCUCAGAGAGCAGGAGCGGAAGAGGGCUUUCUUAGAGCGAGAGCAGAAGAAGGUGAUGCAGGUGCACGAGAAGAUGACCUACUCCUCCAUGAUGUCGGCCAAGCACAGCCGCAUGCGGCGGGAGCUGCAGUUGGAGGACAAGGCCGAGGAGCAGGAGCUGCAUGAGAAGGUGGAAGAGCUGCGUGCCUUGCCCAACAUCUCCUGGAAGCUCGCUGUGACCAAAGAAAAGAAGAUGCGGUCUGACAGCAUCAGGAACUACAUUACACAGCAGCGUGAGAUGUCACUCAUCCAGUAUGCCCUGGACAUGAAGCACCGAGAGAUUCAGCGACUAGAGAUGGUAGCCAACAAGGAGGAGGCCAGGCUGGCGCAGGCUGAGAAGGCCCUGGAGAAGGACAAGUCCCUCUUUGACGAGUUCCUCAGAGAGAACGACCAGAGUUGCAUGCAGGCCAUUAAUGAGGCUGAAAAGGAGACCAAAACCAAGAUGGAGAAAAUUCUUGAGAUGCAAGAACUCACCACUCAGAUCACCAACAUCAAGAGUGAAAUCUCCAAAGUGGAAGACAUGCUACAACAGUACAAGGGAUACAAGGACUUCCUAUAUAAGCUGUCACCCAAAGAGUGGCUGGAAGAGCAGGAGAGGAAGCGCUUGGCUCUCAGGAAGGCCAAGGAGGCUGCAGCUGAGCGAGCCAAAGAGAGCAGUGCAGAUACCCAGAGCACAAAGAAACCCUCCAAGUUUCUACAGGUGGCAAGGCUGGGGCAACUCCUGGCCAAAAGUGUCAACCAGAUGAGCACGCAUGCCGAGGUGGAAUCCAACAAGCCAACCCCGGGUGUCACCCCACAAGAGGACACUGACAGUGACAGGGAGGAGCUGCCGCUGUACUUCACGGAGCCCCAGCAGCUCCUGGAUGAGUUCAUCCAGCUGGAGGAGCAGAACCUGUCACUGAUCCAGAACCGCCAGGAGAUGGAGGAGACCCUGGAGGAGCUGAGCCUCAGCCUCAGGAACACACAGCUGCGCAUGGACAGGGAGGUCAGCCAGCUGAAGCAGCUGAUCAGCACGUUAACCAGGUCCAUUGCCAAGGAGGAGGAGACGGCCGCCGAGUUGGAACUCAAAUCCCGGGUCUUUCACUUCGGGGAGUACAUGGGUGACGAGCAGGACAAGCUGUUGGAGAGUCUGAACCGCAAGGUGCUGGAUGUGUACCACCGCUGCAUCGGCAGUCAGCAGGAAUCCAACCUGAGCACAGUGCAAAUGCUGGCCAUCAUCGAGCACCAGCUCAACGAGCUGCUUGAGAACCUGGAGCGGGUGCCCCAGGCCAAGGUCGAGCAGGUGGAGAAGGCCAAGGAGAAGGAACGGCGCCUCAGAUUGCGAGAAGAGAAGGUCAUGAUGCAGAAACAGCUACAGGAGGAGCGCCUGCAGCGGGCCCAGGCCCGAGCCCAGGCUGAGAUCAAGAAGAAGAGAGGCCGAAAGCUGCUAUCCCGCUCCCACCCACCAGUUGCCAAAGUCAAGGGCUCCAUGAAGCACAGGCUGACAGAUGAAGAACAGGAUGAAGAGCUGCUCUUUUUCUUCACGUAA